CAGAGGACCUCCAAAACAGGACAGCAUGCUAUCCUAGCGCUCAGAGGACCCACAGCAUUCAGGCACUCUGAGCAAGUCUGGAGAACACUGGACCGGCGCUGAGACAGGCAGAGAGCCCUGUGCUCACAUCAGACACCCAACACAGAGCUCAGUGCUCACACGCGCCUGUGACUGACUGAGCACAGGAACAGAGGAGGAGGGGGAGGACCAGGAGGAGGAGGAGCCAGCAAUAAGGGUACGAGACGGGGGUCCAUCCAUUUGGACACACGGCGUAGGGUUGAGGACAGAGCAGCUUGUCCGUCCUCCGGCUGAAGUUAAGAGUGCGAUCGGACGGCUGGCUGAGGGCGAGGCGGCGCUGAGCAGCGAGUGGCGCGUGGAUACUGGGCACAGGGGAUAUGGCUCUGUAAGCCUGCGGUGUGCGCCCUCUCUCUCUCUCUCUGUCUCUCCCUCUCUCCGCUUCUCUGCGAGACCACCGAGCACCGCGGCGCGCUGCAUUACAGACCCAGCGCCGCCAUGCCCCUGUUCGGCUGGAUGAAGCGGCCCCGUGGGGAGGGCGUGUCCGCAGAGCCGGGGGGCCCCAGUCGCACCCUGAUGCGGGAGCUGCUGUGGCACGUGGAGGAGAGGGAGCGGCUGGCCAGGGAGGUGGAGCUGCAGCACCGCCUCUCCCACGGCACCCUGGGAUACCGCUGGACGCGGAGCUACCCAAGCCUGCGCGCCCUCAUCCCGCCGUCCGAACGGCAGCAGCUGGAGCACCUGUGCGCCCAGAUAGAGCCUGUGCACACCGCCGCUGUGCUCUGCAGGUUCAGAGAGGUACUGGCCAGAAACAACAUCCUGCCCUGGGAACUGGUGUACGUGUUCAAGCAGGUCCUGAAGGACUUCCUGGGCAAGGAGGAGGACGAGGAGGAGGAGCGGCGGCUGCUCCGGCCGAUGGAGGCGUGGACUAACCGCUACCACAUGAAGCAGGGGUUCGUCACCCCCACCGUGCCCGACUGCGGGGAGACGCACAAGGAGGAGAUACCCACCAUCUCCAGCUACGUGGACCGCAGCAUGCGCAGGGGCUGCCCCUACCUGACCCAGAGGGACUGGGACCUUCCCUACUACUACCCCACCCCCUACAACUGCUCUGAGGCCUAUAGCACCAUGCUAUAGUGCCGCCUUCCUCUCUGUCCUCCAGCCUACCUUCAGUGACUCUACCUGGACAACAAUGCCAGGCUUCAGAAAGGAACAAGAAGCCUGGACUCUUCCUCUGAUAGAAUACGUCCUGAUGUCCUUUAUACUUAAAUACAGCUUCCUUCCUGUCAUUUAUAGACUGUGGGUAAUGCUUGUGAACAUAAUCAGAAGUUUAUGUACAGUAGGUGAACAGGGUGGCACAUAUCAUUAAGUGAGUGCCAUGUCACCCUAGAUGACCACUUGUUGGAACCGAACAGGCCCUGGUUUCACUUUCAACAUUCCCCACGAUAAACGUUCAUGGACCUGUGACCUAACUGCAUUUGUACUGUCAGUUGGAACAUCCAAACAAACACAUACUGUACUCAUUGGUGACUUGUGCGGCACAGGUUUCAUUGUCACCCAAUUCUCAUUUAGUUUAGCUGCAUAAUAUAGAGAAGGCCUCACCCUCUCAGAGUAGCAUACCUGUGAAAGUAUAAUAUGUAGACAUUUAUCUUCAUUCAUGUGCAAUUAUUCAGUGCAUUUGUGCUAUUGCAAUAGUUUUCAAACUCGGUCCAGGGGACCCACUGCGCAUGCUGAAAACAUGAUUUUAAAUUCUAACAUAAUUUAGUACUUCUAUUUCAGCAAAAUGAAAGUGUGUCUCAUUUGCUCUGUCCCAUAAAUAGUUACGUUUUUGUGACCAGGUGUGCACACUAUCAGCAAUUAGGAUUCCCACCAUGGCCAUUUCUCAUCUGUGGUCCCUUCUCUAUGUUACCCUCUCUGUUUUCUACCAGCCCGAUUAAAUCAAAAAAUACAAAAGGAGGGCAGGCUCUCAGUUGUCCUUAAAAAAAAAUCUUUAUAAAAUAAUGAUUUGCAAUACAGUAGUGCAUUACAGAAAAAUGAAAGCAUUUGAUUAUCAUACCUCAGAAGACAUGGCUCAAUAAGGACUGAGUUUUAAAAUCCUGCCAUUUUCUAACAGACCCAGAUCUUUGAGCUGUACAGAACCCUGGAGCAUACAUGUUCUUAUCCAAUAUUUUCAGAUGAGAAAUAACGAGCAAUGGUGUUACUAUAUAUAAUGUCCUCUUUUUUUCUUCAAAUUUUACUGUAACAAGCUGGCAAUCUUUAAACUGCAGAGCAUUUUGGCAAUUACUACACAUUUUCAUUAGCACCUACUGUAGCAAUAAAGAAAUAUUUUGCUGUUUUUUUCAGUUUUUUGUUAAUUUUGUUGGUGUACUUGAUUGUGCGACUUAGCUCAUACCAUUAAAAUAGCUAUCGGAAUUACACCCAUCAAAUAAGUCUAGCCUGGGGGUUGGGCUCUUGUUUCGUGACCUCAGUGUGCACAGGAUUUCG